AUGUCAGAUCGGAACACCGAAAGCCUCAAAACCUUAACGUCAAUGUUUCCCGGAAUUGACGUUGAGGUUUGUGAAGCAGUCUUGAACGCAAACAACGGUGAAAUGGGUGCGAGUAUAACAAGUUUGCUGGGUAUGUCUGAUCCAAACUUCAAAGGCGAAGAGCUUGUUCCAAUUCAGACGGAGGAUGGCUUGGUGACAUCUUCGUCGAGGUUACAGAUCGAACGUGACGAAGAGUUGGCAAGACAGUUGGCCGUCGAAGAAAGCGAAGAGUUUCCCGUCAUCAAAGAGAAAUUUGUUCAAGUAGCUGACACGACAAAAAGGAAGGUCAAAGAAUGGUAUGAUAGGUUCAGGCAAUCACGUGAUGAGGAAGGUCACUCCAACACUCCAUUGUACACCAAUUUACCCGCUGACGAAGCAGACAAUCCUAUCCUCGACGAAGAUUUCCUGAAUGCUCAUAGUCGUUACCAAAAUACCUUCACUCACGCUUCAUCAUUAAACUCUCGAACCGACUAUGGAUCACGCAAUACUGAUUUCACCAGGGACACCGAUCGUCGAAAUAACGAACCCAUAAAGAUCAUAAGGAAUGAUCAAAAUAAUAAUUCGUUGAUAAACGACUUAUCAAAGAACGAAGGGGGCGUGGCUCCUUACAGGUUAAUUGACGAAGAUAUUAUAGCAGCAACUGAUGUCGAUAAAUCCGAGGGGCCAAAUCAAACCAGUCUCACCGAAGGAUCCCCGACCGAACGUCGCGAUGUUAAUAGAGCUUUCAGCAGAGAAGAGUUCAAGAAAAAUUCGUCUGAAUAG